AUGUCCUCUGUAUCUUCAAGCGCAUCAUCGCCUGAUGUACUGGGCCCCGAAGGAGACGCGCUGUAUCUCAUUUCAUCACCAGUGCCCGAGUUCCAUGGACGACAAAGCUGGGUUCCGCCGUAUACGAUGCACACACCACGGCGACAAGAACGGGCGCCUCCGCGGACCUCCAAGCAACAAAGCUCCAAGACGAUGCGCUUCAAUGAUAUCAUUUUACCGACGAGUCCUAUGCGACAGCGAUCAUUGUCUCCGACAAAAAUGCAAUCAGAGGGAAAUUUAAGUCCCUGGAGGAUACGAGUGACGGUAGAAGCUGAGCAAGAAGAUGACGAGAACACUCGGGAUGGACCCCGGAAAAGACUCAAACCUUCUACUAUCACAACCAAGGUCCCGUUGAAGGAUGAAAUAAGUAACCCGCCGUCAGCAAAAAAGCGAAGAGGUCGCCCGCGCAAAUCUAACGUUCGCGAAAAGAGUCUUAGCCCUGUCAAGGGAAGUCCAGGACGGACUCCCAAACCCCAACCACCGGAUUCUAUAAGCCGACCGCGCGGCCGGCCCCGAAAGAGCUUGCAAACAGAGACAGUCGUGCAAAGCAUUGAGCCAGUUGGAAGUCCUGCGAGGAACAACAUGAUGUCAAGUACACUUGACGGGGUCGUCGAUAGAGAAUCUCCCACUCCGUUCAUGACUGCUGACAUGGGGUCACCGUCCGUCGCAUCGUCAGAACCUGAUCCUUUCCUUGAUAUGGCCGGCUCUGGGGCCUUCGAAGAACAGCCACCAGGUCUAAAUGCCCACCGUUUCUCUCCACCCGGUAGCACUGAAAUGCCUAAUAAAAGUGCGAAAUCUGUACGGGUCUCGGAAAUCGCGACACCCCUGGCGUCGGUCUCCCCUGUCGGAAGGCUCAGAGGAUUAACACCCGAGAAUACAUUGUACGCAGGACAUACUCCUCGUCGACUACGCAGAAACUAUCCGACCCCGACUUCAUCGUCGCUCCUUGAUGGAAAUGGAGAUAAGUCGACAACAGUUCAAAGUAAUGGCACACAGACUAUUACAGACCCAACUGAUGUCCAUCAUGAAUACGAUACUAUCAUGGAGAGUGAAGAUUUCAGCAUGGUCUCCCUAGAUACACUUCCUUCCGCAAAACAAGCCGGGCUCAGCUCUAUACUUAGCUCCUCCAAGGGGGACCACGAGUCUUUCUCUCAGAAACAGAAUGCGGUUAUUACUGAGCGAACAACGCGGAGGACUACAAAAUCACCUGCGAUUAGCAAUUAUGUUCCUGCGUCAUCCACAACACCAUACCAUAAAUCCCCGGAAUUGCAGAACGGAUUCGAAUCAGUGGACGAUCAAAUCGGGUCCGUUGACGCAGUCGUCAUGAAUGCCCCGGUAUCAGAACACUCAAUACGACCAGCGGCUGAAAAAGCGAGGAAGAGAUUUCUAAGUCUUGCCCGCUUAGUCCGCCUUGGUCUAAGUCUGCACAAAACUUUGAGUUAUCGACAGGAUCUUGACACUGAAAAUAGCGACGAAGAGGAGGAAGAGAUAGUUAGUGCAAGUGAAAGGUUGAAGCAUAUUUUCGGCGACCUUGAUAUGGAGUCUCGGCGCCAACUUCAAGCUGGUCUUAAAUUCGGCGAGCUUGUGGCUCGUGGUAAGAUGAGGUCCAGGAGACUAAGAAGGCAGGAGGAAAAAAGGACGAGCGAAGCUCGCGAGAGAAAUCAUAGCGCGGAGCAAGAACCUACCGAAAGCCCGCAACAACCGGAUACCUUUUCUGAUGAUGACGAUGAAGAUGAAAACUUACCAGAACAACCUGAAAUGUCAAGAAGCCAGCGGCUAGAAGCGGAGUGGCAGCAAGAACGUGAACUAGUCAGCCAACAAAUCAAUAUGGCAGGGUCGGAUAACGUGAUUGUGCUUGACAGCGAUGAGGAUGUCUCGGAGCAAGGCGAAGACGUUCAAGAGCAGGCUCAUGAAGGCGAAGGUGAAGAUGAAAACCUGGAAGAGGGUAGUGAAGAAAUCGAGGAUGACGAAGAUUACGGAGAUGUCUGGCAAGAGGAAGCCAGAAAUCAUGAUUCUAGCUCUGCUAGACAUCAGACAUUCACAUCAUCUGUAGAUGGGAAACAAUCGAUGACUGACAUCCCAAGACAAGCUAGUUCUCCCAGGAGCGUAACUCACCGCUAUGCUUGGGAUCCAGCCAAGGGCGAAAUUCCGCCACUGGGAAAAUCACGUCCGGCUCAAUUACGCGAACGGGAGGUUGAUUUGGCGGAUUUAUUAAAACCUCGCGACACUCCCAAGUCACGUCAAUACUAUGCAAACAGCAGUCCUCACUCGGCCCUGAGUCAGAGACUACAAUCUGAUAAGAGCUCUAGAUAUGGUGGAAUUAGUCGUGAUGUGUCGUCACCGAUAAAGCCAUCUUCACUGGGCACUCAACUGGUCGACGACGACCCUGAAGAUAUGCAAGAUGAUAACGUGGAUGACGGAGUCUCUGAUGACCAGCAAGCUGAAGAGCAAGAGGAACAAGAAGAAGUUGAGGAAGAAAUGGAGGAAGAAGAUGACGAUGACGAUAUUUAUAUUGAAGCAGGGAGAGAGGUUACGAAUGAGCAUACUUCUUUCGCUACAUCGGUUACAACACCGGAACAGACGAUAUCUGGACCAAAGCAGUCAUGGUUCCGACGGAUAACGAACAAUUUCACUCCAGGCUGGUGGACUGCAUCGAAAGAAGUGCCUUUGGACGAAUCUCAAAGCCCGCCCUUCAUGACGGAGGAACAAACCCCAAGUCUAAAACGAUCUCGUGCGUCCAGAGAUGCAGAAGAGACUAGAGAGAUGGAGCAAGUAACUUCGGUAACUUCUACAGUGCAACGGCGAAUCAAGAAACACCGACUCUCUUCUUUCUCAUCGCCAAAACUUCUUGCGACGUCGGGCUACUUUACCGACGCGCAUUACGUUGCCUUAAAACGUCUUUACUGGGAAGCGAAAAGAUACCCCGAACGCUUCCCAUACCAUCCAACACCACACCGUGAUGAAAUGCUCGGCGAUUCCCUAUGGACAUCAGACGGCGAGCACGGUCUACCGAUUGCCAAGAUCCAAUUCGGGAUCCUGGAUCGGUUCGUCUCCGAAUUGAUUAGCGCUGAUAUCCGGAAUGGAGGACGGGGUCAAAUCGGAUGGACAGAAGAUGACCUACACAAGCGGCUGUUCAGUAUUAUCGUGGGUGACGAAAUUCGGCGAGAGCGAAGGGAGCAGCGACUGUUGCAAAAUUACUAAGUCUCAUUAUGAUACGUCUUUUUAUCUAUGUUUUUCUUUCCAUAUAUUGAUU